UCCUUCACUUUGCACCGCCCAUCUCAUCAAUACUCUGAAUUUCCUUGUCUGCUCCUCAUUCUUUGAUUUGGCCAAGCCUUGUUCUUGGCUUGGGAAAGCAGAGGAAUGCAUAGCUUCCUGAAUCCUGAGGUAAGCAAGCGUAGGUCUCCGUUAAUUUUUGUAGCCCUUCUCCGGAUUCUGUUGCAUGAAUACCACUUUCCAGUUCUUCAUUACGUUCAAGAUUGAUUCCAAGCGGUUGAGUUUUUUCACCUUAAAUCAUAGUCUUUUUCCCCCGCCUGGAAAGUAUUCUGUUUAAUGCGCGCCGUAUCACCCUGACAUCUAGAUAUAUUUUUCUUUUGAUUUUAUAAUUACAUAUAUUCGCUCAUUAAAAAUCAUGUGAAUCAUUUUUUUUUCAUACACACCAGAGUAGUAUUGGAAUCCAGAUUAACCAUUUUUCAUACACACCAGAACUGAGCAGUUGAUUGAAAAUCACUACUUACCAAUGUUUGCAUGAAAGGGGGAACAAGUUUCACCCCAAAUAAGGUGAGGAGCCCAUGUUGAAUGAACAGGGUUUCAGGCUUUCAGCUUCAUUGUGAAAAUUAUUGCUGCACAUUCUGAAGUUUGUUCUGUUGUGCAGCCGUUGGGGUUGAGUAAUGGACAAAAGAUUGGUCACAAAUCUGCUCAUUUAUUUUUGUCUCCACAUAUGUAGAUCAGCUUAAGCUUCAAAGCCAAAAUGGGUGAAGCUGAGGAUGGGUUCACCCCACUGUCUCAGUUGAACCCAUCAUCGGAUUACAGGCAGAGUCCAGAUGCGCAUCUCAGGAUGUGGAUCUCCUUCAACCCAAACAACGGCACUGUGUUCGGCCUCGACAGCCUUCUCAUCGACAGCGAGGGUGGAACUAUGCAAGCCCAUGUAAAACCCAAAGAUAUAAAGCGUUUCGAAGAUUGGCUAGCUGAAGGGAAGCUCUUUGCACUGUCAGAUUUUGUAGUUUGUCCAAGCGAGCGGAAAUAUAUGACCUGUAGGAACCCCUUCAUGAUGCACAUUGAAGCACAUACGGUGGUCGACGAGAUCGAUGGAGAUGUCGACGCCAUACCUCUCCACUGCUUUAAUUUUGUUGACUUUGUCGAUGUUCCUUCUAGGGACCGCAAGAUUAGCUUAUUGACAGAUGUUAUUGGCCAAGUAGUCGAAGUUUGGGGCAUAGAAAGGACCCCAAAGAAAUUGCGGAUGAUAGAAUUUGCAGCUUACUGAUUGAGGAUUUCAGUGGAAAGGAGCUGUAUGUCACACUAUAUGGAAAGAUGGGUCAUGAUUUUUAUGCGGAGAUUCGCAAGAAAUGCCGACAAGACCCUGUUGCUGCCGUGUUUGCCGGGAUGCGUGUUUGCCACUACAAGGGGAAAGGAUAUGUAGUUUGCUCUUUAUCAGCUUCAAAGUACUACCUAGAUUUGGAAAUACCAGAGGGACAGCAAUUCCGCGUGAAUUGGCUUCAUCCGAAAAUCCCCAUAGUACACCUACAGUCUCAGCCAGAAAGCCCUGUUGAUCCAAUUCAGGAGUUACAAAGUAGCUGGAGAACAACCAAGCAGCUGCAAAGUCUCGAUCCAUUUCAGUUAUCGGACAAUAGCCGAUUUUUGUGCAGAGCCACCCUGAAAGAAAUAGACUGCACCAAAGAUUGGUGCUAUCGUGGAUGCUUCCACUGCAGGAAGAAGGUCAGCAGGGACGGAAGUGAAUUCUGGUGCAGCCAAUGCGAUCCGGUUAACAAGAAGCGUAAGAGGUCGGUUUUAUGGUACAAGCUAAAUGCAGUGGUGGAGGACGACACUGGAACCAUGAACUUGGUGAUCUUUGCCGAGGAGGCGCAGGAACUUAUCGGUAUCCCGGUAGAAGAACUUUUCGAAGAGAUCACCGAUGAUGGCAGGUGCACCGUGCCAGCUGCAUUCUCAUAUCUUCGCGGCUCGAGCCACACCUUUCAAGUUGCCAUGGACGACUGGAGCUCAAGCUUCGUUGUGAAGUGGAUCCUGAACGACGAUGAGUUGACACUAGUGCAGCACAGUGGGUCAGUUCAGUCGACCGUGUCUAGUUGUAGCUCACAACUUAUGGAGGAGAAGAUGUUGAUCCUCAAGCGAGAAACCGAACUGAAGACGAAAGAUGAGGCAGAUGCAGAAUGACUCCUUUCCCUGACUCUCAGGCUCUCAGCAGCAGCUCUUCGUUUCACAAGAACAGAAUGUGCUACAUUGGCGGUAAUCAGGCCAAGUAACUGUUCUUUUGCUCUGCCUUAAUGCUAAAACUAUGUAAAAAUCCCUUGUAAGAAAUCUCAUGUAAAUAUUAUGUGGAAGUCACCUUGUUCAGAUUGCUGGGAAUGCUCAUCCUUGGGCCAGCAUAUGUCAA